CUUUGGGCGCGCGUCUGUUUUUAGUGUUUUGAUUCACUUAAUAUGCGCAGCGAGUCCUCCAGUCAAAAAACUCGCGAAAUACUCACUACUAGAACAAAUUUAGAAAAAAAAAAAAUACGAAAAUAAAACUAACAAAAAUUUGAAGAAAAACAUUAUUAAUUGUGAAUAAUGGUUGUACGUACGCCCAGGUGUAAUUUUCGUCAAACUAUUCUAUAAUUUUCAGCCGUGAGGCUGAUAAAGCGACGACGACGUUUCGCACAGUUCUUGGCGAGCGCAGCUAGCGAACGGGCGCAAACACCUGAGCACGGAGAGUCCAUUGAAGUCAGCUAACAUUUAAUUACCUACCGAAGGGCGUACAAUAAGUCCCAACGUGUCAAUAAAGCCACAAUCAAUAUUUGUGUAGGCGGCCACAAUUUUGGCCAAAACAAAUCCGGGCUCAAGGGAAAUGAAGUGCGCAUUGUUGCUGCUGCUGCUAGGACUGCUGGUCAGUCCACUGCAGACAGCUGUGCAGACGACUCUAAGCUAUGAGAAGGCACGCCAGGCAGUGCUCAACGCCGAGGAGCAGCUCAUGACGGGCGGACGCACCAGCCUGAGCGCCAAGGAGAGCCAAGUGGACGAUCUCUUCAUGCAGUACAAGCUGGGCGAACUGGCCCAGGGCUUCAGGAAUGCCGAUCAGAAUGUGGCUGGGAUGCAUUUCUUCAAGGCCAAGCCGCUGAUCGAUCGCAGCUCCGUCUUCAAGUUUCUGCAGCAGAUGCCCAAGGGAGCUGUGCUCCAUUUGCACAACACCGCCGCGGUCAGCUCCAAGUGGGUGGUGCGGAAUAUGUCCUAUAUGCCGGGCAUGCUGCGCUGCACCGACGCCGAGGGACGCAGCAAGCUGACCUUCCGACGCGCCCCCAAGCUGCAUAAGUGCACAUCCCAGUACGUGUACGUGGCGGAUGAGCGAAGGAGCUCGAUCGAUCCGGUGCUGUACGACGAGAACUUGGAGAAACUCAUUAAUCUAUAUACGCCCGUGCCGGAGCUUGAGUAUCCCACAAUAAACGCCGUUUGGAACAAGUUCCAGGCCAUGUUUGAUACCUUGACGGAGGCCAUUUGUUAUCUGCCCGCAUUUCGCGCCUAUCACUGGCAGCUGCUCGAGGAGCUCUACAAUGACAACGUGAUGUAUGCCGAGCUACGCGUUAGCCUAAAAGAGAUCUACGAUUCCAGCGGACGCACCUUUCCGCAGGAGCAGGCGUUGCGCGAGCUGCAGACACUGAAUGAGAAAUUUGUGCGCUUGCAUCCCAAUUUCAUUGGCAUCAAGGUCAUCUACGCCACGUGGCGCGGCGCCGAUGCGGAGACUUUGAGGGGAAAAAUCAAGGAAUUCCGGAAAUUGCAGGAAGCCUUCCCGAAGUUUCUGAUUGGCUUCGAUCUGGUGGGUCAGGAGGAUAAAGGCAAGCCGCUCUACGAGCAGCUGGCUGUCCUGAAGGAGCUGCCGCCCAACACAAAUUUGUUCUUGCACGCCGGCGAGACGAAUUGGUUUAGCGCCUCAACGGACAUUAAUCUGCUGGAUGCGCUGCUGCUCAAUACGACACGAAUGGGUCACGCCUUCGCCCUGGUCAAGCAUCCCAUACUGAUGAAUGCCGUGAAGACGCGCAACAUAGCCGUGGAAUUGAGUCCCAUAUCGAACCAGGUGCUGCACUUGGUCUGGGAUAUGCGCAAUCAUCCGGGCGCCCAGUACUUGGCCCUGGAUGUGCCCGUGGUCAUUUGCAACGAUGAUCCGGGCUUCUGGAACGCCAAGGGCUUGAGCUACGACUUCUACUAUGCCAUCAUGAGCAUGGCGCCCAACAGUGCCGGACUCCGAGUCCUGAAGACUCUCGUUUACAACUCCGUGCGCUACUCGAUGCUCACGGACAGGGAACGGCAAAGGGCAUAUCAGGUGCUCGACUACAGCUGGUCGCUGUUCAUAGACAAAGUGCUGCAGGGCAAGGUCUUUUAGAGAACGUAAAAAAUAUAAAAAUCAAUUCCAAACAAA